CUGGCACUCAGUUUGUUUUGUUCGAAAAUGUUUGUUUACGUUUUGCCAGCAUCAAUCAGCAGUUCUUUGUGUAAUAGAAUCUCAUAAAAUUAAACACUAUUUUUAAACGCAGCUUGAGAUACCAGACUGAUGAGUGGUGCCGAACGGUCGUGAUACGAUAGCGCGCUGAUUCGCGACUCGAUUGAGUAGAAAAUUUUGUUCGAUAUUGGAUCGUUCCAUCCCAUCGUCGAAGGAAAAUGUCUACCUUUGAGGUACAGUCGGAGCUGUACGAAGAAACGGAUUUUGCCACCGAGGACGCAGCAAACGGAAACAGCAUAUCUAAAUUUACAUUCGUCUAUCCGAAGCGGUUAGAGGAUAGGCGUAACAAUUCAAACCAGUGGGAGAAUGGCAAAAGCAAUGAUUCUGAUUCGGAUUGCGCUGAAAAGUAUGCAAAUGGUGGAAAAUGUCUCAACGGUUCAACUAACUCAAUCAACAAGGAUCAGGAUGAGUCGGAAAGUGUUACGGAAAACGGUGUGAGUCUCGACAAAGAUGGUGAUUUGAUACUGGAGCGAAAAACGAAAGGCGUUAUUGAAAUAGAGCACUCGAAAUCGACGAAACUUGAUCUGGUUGGUUUGCAAAUUUGGCGCGGUGCACUGCUGCUGGCUGAUUAUAUUCUGCAUUACGAGAAGCGGUUUAAAAAUAGAAAAAUACUAGAGCUGGGAUCCGGCGUUGGCUUAACCAGCAUCGUGUCUAGUUUUUGCGCGCGCGAAGUUAUCUGCACAGACAUCAACAUCGGCGGACUGUUGAAGCUGAUUCAGGCCAACAUCGAUCGCAAUGCACACCUGAAGGAUCCAGACUGCAACGUGGUCGUGACGGAGCUCGACUUCAAAGUCAAGUAUGAAGAUUAUUCCGAGUAUCUUAAAACUCAACUGCAAGACGUUGAAUAUGUGAUAUGUGCUGAUGUGAUUUACGACGACGAGAUUACAAACGCAUUCGUGCUCGCCCUCGAGGGAUUGCUGCUUGAGCUGCCCAAGCUAAAGGCGGUCUACAUUGCGCUGGAGAAGCGAUACGUAUUUACCGUGGAGGACAUGGAUUCGGUGGCGCCAAGCUACGAGCACUUUUUGCGCGUGUUUUACCGACGAAACAAUCGCUUUGGCAUCGCGCGCUGGAAGUUGAAGCAGGUGUCGACGAACUUUCCGCGCUACUUUGAGUACGAGAAGGUCAAGGAUCUGGUGCUGUUGAAGAUCUCGAAUUGAGAAUUGGGAGGGUGAAAUAAAUGUUGUCCAAAACUUAUAA